UUGUUUUCCAAUAAAGAUGUAAAAGAGAAAGUGUAUUUUGAAAAUGACCACUACUUGGUAAUUGCAGACUACAAGUGGGACCAGAUGUCAGUAGAUCAGAUGUAUUUACUAAUGAUAUUUAAAGAUUGCACCUUGAGAUCAAUACGAAACCUGAAUGGGUCGCAUGUGGGCUUGCUGAAAAAUGCAAGAGAGAAUAUCUAUGUCCUUUGUGAUCAGUUAGGAGUUCACAGAGAACACCUGUGUCUGUAUUUUCACUACAGGCCCUCAUAUUUCAGACUGCACAUUCAUAUAGUUAAUAUUAGAAAAUCUAUCGCUAGGCUUGGUAGUUUUUCAAGACAUGUUCUUCUUGAUGAUGUUAUCAGGGAUCUAGAAAUGGACCCCCGGUACUUUGAGUACAACUGCUACUAUGUUACGCAAUGUGAUUGCUAA